GCGCAUCCUCGGCCCUCUCCCGCGCGCUCUGCUAGGUCUGCAGUCUUCUGCUCUCGGCUCCGCUCCGCUGAGCUCCGUCGGCUGUGCUCCAUCUGCUCCACUCCUUGCUCAGGCGCGGGCCGCCAUGAGGCUGCGGGGUCGCGGGCCGCAAGCUGCCCCCUCCUCCAGCUCUGGGGUAGGCGACGCGCGGCGGCUAGCGCCCCCGGGGCGGAACCCCUUCGUGCACGAGCUGCGGCUGAGCGCCCUGCAGAAGGCCCAGGUGGCUUUCAUGACAUUGACGCUGUUCCCCAUUCGGCUCCUGUUCGCUGCUUUCAUGAUGCUGCUGGCCUGGCCCUUUGCCCUCGUGGCCUCCCUGGGACCUCCUGACAAGGAGCCAGAGCAGCCCCUGGCCUUAUGGAGGAGGGUCGUGGACUUCCUGCUCAAGGCCAUCAUGCGCACCAUGUGGUUUGCCGGUGGCUUUCACCGUGUGGCUGUGAAGGGGCGGCAGGCCCUGCCUACUGAGGCUGCGAUCCUCACACUGGCGCCACAUUCCUCCUACUUUGAUGCCAUCCCUGUCACCAUGACCAUGUCCUCAAUUGUGAUGAAGGCGGAGAGCAGAGACAUCCCAAUCUGGGGAACUCUGAUAAGGUACAUCCGGCCUGUGUUCGUGUCUCGGUCUGACCAGGACUCUCGAAGGAAGACAGUGGAGGAAAUCAAGCGACGGGCGCAGUCAGAUGGAAAGUGGCCUCAGAUAAUGAUUUUUCCAGAAGGAACAUGUACAAAUAGGACCUGCCUCAUUACCUUCAAGCCUGGUGCAUUCAUCCCCGGAGUUCCCGUCCAACCCGUGGUGCUGCGCUACCCAAACAAACUGGACACCAUCACGUGGACAUGGCAAGGACCUGGAGCGUUGAAAAUCCUGUGGCUCACUCUAUGCCAGUUUCAAAACCAAGUGGAAAUCGAGUUCUUGCCUGUGUAUUGCCCUUCUGAGGAGGAGAAGAGGAAUCCUGCCCUGUAUGCCAGCAAUGUGCGGCGUGUCAUGGCCAAGGCGCUGGGUGUCUCGGUAACCGACUACACAUUUGAGGAUUGCCAGCUGGCUCUGGCAGAAGGACAGCUUCGCUUGCCUGCGGACACCUGCCUGCUGGAGUUUGCCCGGCUCGUGAGGGGCCUUGGACUGAAACCAGAAAACCUUGAAAAAGAUCUAGACAAAUAUUCAGAGAGUGCAAGGAUGAAGAGAGAGGAGAAGAUCGGGCUCCCAGAGUUUGCAGCCUACUUGGAAGUUCCUGCUUCAGACACGCUGGAGGACAUGUUCUCGCUGUUUGACGAGAGCGGUGGUGGUGAGAUAGACCUUCGUGAAUACGUGGUCGCCUUGUCUGUGGUGUGCAGGCCAUCCCAGACCCUGGCCACCAUCCAGCUGGCGUUCAAGAUGUAUGGAUCACCUGCGGACGGCAGCAUUGAUGAGGCCAACCUGUCCUGCAUCCUCAAGACUGCACUGGGUGUAUCAGAAUUAACAGUGACUGACUUGUUCCAGGCUAUCGACCAAGAGGAGAAGGGAAGAAUCACAUUUGACGACUUCCGUGGGUUUGCAGAGAUGAACCCUGACUUCGCAGAGGACUAUUUGUACCCCGACCAGACACAUUUUGACAGCUGUGCACAGACACCCCCAGCACCGACUCCCAACGGCUUCUGCAUUGACUUCAGCCCUGAAAACUCAGACUUUGGGAGAAGGAAUUUUUGUAAGAAAGUAGACUAGAAGAGUCUGGGGGAGUGAGUCCCCCUCCCACGUGACCACCUGCCCCCAGUGGCCUGGAGCCCAUUUGUGUGUUGCACCGUCUGCGUUUCCCUGUUUCCUCAUGCCUGUCUCUGUAUGUCUUCAGACCUGAGGUCCAAAAGAUUUGCAAUGUUUUUUGUUUUCUGUAAAGUCUGUCUCAGGGCCCAGCUGGGCAUUUGCAGGGAAGCUGUGUGUAUACUCCAUCUGCCC